AUGCCAGGGGACCACCAAGCAGCCCACGCCGCCCAUUCACCAACCCACACGCCCUUCCCGCCCGAGCGAGCGCGCUCUUCCAACCCGUCGACGCCUGCGCCCUUGCCUGGCCCUCCGUCCUACAACCAACCGGCCUCACCACCCGCCCAAGGCGCCCUCCCUCCCAUCGCGUCCGCGCUGUACCCGCGAGACCCGCCGCCCACGACCAAAUACUACGAUCCCACGUCAGACCACGCCUACCCGGCGGCCGCCAGGACCGACCCGCGAUACAACGGCCACUAUCCCGCCCAGUCUCGAGAGCCCUACAACUAUCCCGACUCGCGCGGCCCAUAUCGCUCGCCCGUAGCCGCGACCUUUCCUCCGCCGCUGGCCCACCCGCCACCUCAAGCCUCGCACCCCGGGCAUCAACUCGACCGCCCUCCUCACUCGCCCUCAUCGCCGAAGCUCUACCACGACCACAAUCGUAGCAUAAUGUCCGGCCCACCGGUCGCCACCCCCAGGCGACCCUCUGCAGAGACUCCUGCUCGUGCCGAUCCCAUGUCUUUAUCGAGCAUCAUGUCCGGCUCCGAUCCAGCACCCGCCCCGGCAACUCCAUCCUACUCAGCCUCAACACCUCAAGCACCUAGGUCAUAUCCCGGUAUCAAAGACGAGCACGCUGCUCCUUUGCCGCCCCCGACUGAUGUGAGGCUGCAUCCGCUCAAUCGCAGCCCUGAGCGUCCAUUCGUCAAUGGCAUGUCGGAGCCUCUACGCCCCAUUGCGGGGAGCAUUGAGGAGGUUGACCCGAAGGUGGUGGAUGCAGAGUAUGCGAAGAUAGAAAACAUGGAUAUCAGCGACGUCGAGCUGCCCGGCCAGGAGAUGUUCUUGGAGGAUUACAAGCAACGUCGCAAGAGAAAGCACCUCGAGAUCGAGAGCAAAGAGGCUGCUACGCGCAAGCGUCGACGAACAGCUCAAGUCAAGAGACUGCAAGACUCCUUCGCAACCCACGCCGCGAGUGCCAAGAUCCACUACUUUGCGCAACAUGAGGGAGAAGCCUGGCAAGAAGUCCAGGCUCGUGAGAUCGCGGACGAGAAGGAGCGCAAGAAGGACAUGCAGCGGAAGCGGAGGCGUGAAAAGACUCUCCAGAAUGAGUUCCAGAAGCGUGACGAGGCGCUGGCCAAGGCUGAGAAUGCCACGGACGAGGAAGAGGCAAGAAAGUGGUUCCACGAAGCGGAGAAGGCCGAGCUGAAGGCCAAGAACACCAACCGCUUGUUGCAGGGAGGCACGCCUAGUGCCGAUAUUCGCGAGGUAACUCCUCACGCACCUAACAUGGAGGGUGGCACGAUGACGACGUUCCAGAUGUCCGAGGACACUUCCAAGGAUGGCAGGAAGGCCAAGGGCAGAGCCGGUGCCCGGCCGAGGAAGAGCAAGGAGCAGAAGCAAGCAGAGAAGGAUGCCGCCGCUGCUGCUCAACUGGCCCUGGACCGUGGUGAUGAGCUCCCAGCAAUCGCUCCCAAGGAGGAAUUGCGGUUGGAGGCUUUGAAGAGGGAGCGCAGCUUCACAGAGGAAUCCAGCCCGCCUGCGAGCAUCCCUAUGAUCUUCGCUCCGUUCGAGUCCAAGGAAUACCACAAGCUGUAUGACGCAAUCUGGAAGGACCUUGCGCGUAAGGAUAUUACAAAGGUUGUUCGUAUCAAGGAUAACUCCUUGGCGACGAAGCAGUCCAACCUGCGGAAGACUGCUCAGCUUGCCUCCAAGGAGGCUCGCAGAUGGCAGCUCAGGACGAACAAGAGUAUGAAGGACGUUCAGGCCCGCGCAAAGAGGAGCAUGAGGGAAAUGUUGUCGUUCUGGAAGAGGAACGAAAGGGAUGAACGUGACCAGCGGAAGAUGGCUGAGAGACAGGAGCUUGAGAACGCCAAGAAGGCCGAAGCGGAACGCGAAGCCAACAGGCAGAAGAGGAAGUUGAACUUCUUGAUCUCACAGACUGAACUGUAUUCCCAUUUCAUUGGGAAGAAGGUCAAGACUGAUGAGGUCGAGCGGUCUACUGACGAUGUCGACGUCUCGAAGGAGACCGUCAAGCCCGGCGAUCCAAACGCUCACACUGUCAAGCUGCCCGAAAGCAACGCUGAUGUCGGCACCAAGGUCACCAACUUCGAUCAACUGGAUUUCGAUGCAGAAGACGAGAGCGCACUUCACGCGGCUGCUAUGGCGAACGCUCAAAAUGCCGUCAAGGAGGCGCAAGAUCGCGCAAGAGCAUUCAACCAAGGCACUGAGAGUGCACAGUCUCAGUUCGACGACAACGAAGAAAUGAACUUCCAGAACCCGACAAGUUUGCAGAGCAUGGACAUUCCCCAGCCCAAGAUGUUGUCUUGUCAGUUGAAGGAAUACCAGCUCAAGGGUCUCAACUGGCUGGUCAACCUGUACGAGCAAGGUAUCAACGGCAUCUUGGCAGACGAGAUGGGUCUCGGCAAGACAGUGCAGUCGAUCUCGGUCAUGGCGUAUCUUGCCGAAGUUCACAACAUCUGGGGCCCUUUCCUGGUCAUUGCACCUGCAUCCACUCUGCACAACUGGCAACAGGAGAUCACCAAAUUCGUUCCGGAUCUCAAAGUGUUGCCUUAUUGGGGUAACGCCAAGGACCGAAAGGUCCUCCGUAAGUUCUGGGAUCGAAAACAUAUCACUUACAGGAAAGAGUCGCCUUUCCAUGUCCUGGUCACUUCCUACCAGCUGGUCGUUCAGGAUGCGCAGUACUUCCAAAAGAUCCGUUGGCAGUACAUGAUUCUCGAUGAAGCUCAAGCCAUCAAGUCCUCGCAAAGUUCUAGGUGGAAGAGUUUGCUUGGUUUCCACUGUCGUAACCGUCUGCUGCUGACGGGUACCCCUAUCCAGAACAACAUGCAGGAGCUGUGGGCCUUGUUGCAUUUCAUCAUGCCCAGUUUGUUCGAUUCCCACGACGAGUUCAGUGACUGGUUCUCCAAGGAUAUCGAAAGUCACGCCCAGAGUAACACCAAGCUCAACGAGGAUCAACUGAAGCGUCUCCACAUGAUCCUGAAGCCUUUCAUGCUGCGUCGUAUCAAGAAGCACGUCCAAAAGGAACUUGGCGACAAGAUAGAGGAGGAUGUCUUCUGCGAUCUGACGUACCGACAGCGCGCCUACUACACGAACCUGCGCAACAAGAUCAGCAUCAUGGACCUUAUCGAAAGGGCGGCAGUGGGUGAUGAUCAGGAUACUGCCACCCUGAUGAAUUUGGUGAUGCAGUUCAGGAAGGUCUGCAACCACCCAGAUCUCUUCGAGCGUGCUGAGACGCACUCACCUUUUGCAUUCUCUACGUUUGCUGAAACAGCAUCAUUCAUGCGUGAGGGCUACAAUGUGGAAGUUGCGUACUCUAGCCGUAACCUCAUCGAAUAUCAGGUCCCACGGAUCAUCGGCUGCGGAAGUGGACGCCUGGAUGUUGCAGGCCCCGGCAAUGCCCAAGCAGGUUGGAGAGGAAAGUACUUGGGACGUCUGAUGAAUGUCUGGACGCCGGAGAACUCUCUCGAGAGCUGUCGUACCAACGGUGCCUUUUCGUUCCUUAGAUUUGUGGAUACCUCACCUGAAGAGGCGGCUUCUGCAGCGUGGCAAGACGUCUUCCAGCGGGCUAUCGACAUCACGAAGAAGCAGCGUCACCUUGGACGGUUCAAGGUUGCUUACGACGAUGAAGAUGGCCCGAGUUACACACCCGCGCAUGCCCUCUUCAACAUUGUCGAACGGAACGACCGUAUGCCUCUUGCAGAGAUCACCAACGAGGGUGUCAUGUCGAAGUUGUUGAACGUCUCGAAGGAUGCUUAUGACGACACGGGGCUUAGUAUCAUCGAACUUGCAUCCAAGCCCGGAGCGUCCGCGCCGCCUAUCAAUCUCUACUACUCUGGUCAGGAUCUCAUGCUUGAGCAGCAAAAGACCAUGUUCAACCCUAGCAUCAGGACAGCCUUGUCUGGCAUCAGUGGAAGGGCUGAGGAGGCACUUCUGGAGUCGAAGACCGACCCUACCAACUUCCCCGUCACGGGCUUGCUCCCUCCCCCGGCCAACACCAGAUCGAAAUACACGCAUAUCACGGUCCCGUCGAUGAGGCGUUUCGUCACGGACUCCGGCAAGCUUGCGAUGCUCGACAAGCUCCUUAGGAAGCUGAAGGAAGAAGGCCACCGUGUACUGCUGUACUUCCAGAUGACUCGCAUGAUCGACUUGAUGGAGGAGUACCUGACCUACCGCAACUACAAGUACUGUCGCCUGGACGGUUCGACAAAGCUGGAAGAUCGUCGUGAUACGGUCGCCGACUUCCAGACCCGGCCUGAGAUUUUCGUCUUCCUCCUCUCCACCCGUGCCGGUGGUCUCGGAAUCAACUUGACGUCGGCUGACACGGUCAUCUUCUACGACUCGGACUGGAACCCGACGAUCGACUCGCAAGCCAUGGACCGCGCUCACCGUCUCGGCCAGACGAAGCAGGUGACGGUGUACCGUCUGAUCACGCGCGGCACCAUCGAGGAACGCAUCCGCAAGCGCGCGCUCCAGAAGGAAGAGGUGCAGCGCGUCGUCAUCUCGGGCGGCGCCGGCGCCCAGGUCGACUUCAACACGCGCUCGCGCGAGAACCGCACCAAGGACAUCGCCAUGUGGCUCGCCGACGACGAUCAGGCCGAGAUGAUCGAGCGCAAGGAGGCGGAGCUGGCGGCUGCCGAGGCCAACGCGCCGGCGGGCAGGAAGAGGAAGGCGCCGGUGAAGAAGAAGGCGGAGGUGAACUUGGAUGACAUGUACCAUGAAGGCGAGGGCAACUUUGACGAUGGAAGCGCGAAGCCCUCUGGUGCUGCCACGCCGGUCAGCGAGGUGCCUGUUAAGAGGAAGGGUAAGGGUGUGAGCAAGAAGGCGAAGACUCUGAAGCAGCGCCUAGCGAUUGCGGAUGGAAGCGGUGAUGUGAAUCCCUGA